ACGACAUGGCUGGGCUUCCUCAUCCGGGGUUUGGGAAUUCUGGGAAGUGUUUUCUCAUAGACAACCUGCUGCGUUCACCUGCGCCAGGUGUCCCGCCCAAGAGAUGCUUCCCGGCUUUGGUUUACGGGCCGCUGGGGCUCAUGGUGAAGGGCAGGUGCGUUUCUCAGGACGGGACGCCAACGAAGGACGGGGAACGAGUUCAGCCGCCGUCAGUUAUUAUGGCGGGUGUUUCUCUGCCCUGCUGCUCUGGAUCUGGACCUGUGAUGUCGUCUGCUCCUCUGUUCCCUAAGGGCGUCGGGUCUGUGCUGUGGAGUCCAGCUCUGAACUCCAGGUCGCGGCCGGGAAUCCUACGACGGGCCGUGUUUUCCGAGGAACAGAGACGAGAACUGGAGAGAACCUUCAGAAAACAGAAAUACAUCAGCAAGACCGACCGCAACAGACUGGCCACCGACCUCUGUCUGAAAGAGACACAGGUGAAGAUCUGGUUUCAGAACCGCAGGAUGAAGUGGAGGAACUCCAGAGAGAAGGAGAGCACGUACACACGACCGCCGAUGGAGCGACUGAUGCUCUGGAGCCCGUCUGAACCGGCGGACCAAACACACUCGUCAGCGCAGACCAAACACACUCACACACACUCACCGGUGCACAGCGCAAACACUGAGAUGAGAUGACACAGAGGAGGAGAGAACAGACUCUUGAUGAUAAACAGAUGGAAAAUAUUUCUGCUGAAAACCUGGAAACACGUGGGAGUUUUACAGUUGUGAUUUAAAAGCCUGGAAAUGUCUUAAAAUAUGAUGGAAAAGUCAACUUUACAGUAAGGUUCCAUUUGUUAACAUUAGAUAACAUGAACUAACAAUCACAAUCAGUACGUAGUUAAUGUUCAUUUCAACAUUACAAAUCACUAGGUCAUAAUUAUGAAAUAAAAAGUCUAAAUUAUGAGAUACAAAGUUAGAAUUAUUACAAAGUUAAAAAUAGGAGACACUAAGUGAUAAUUAUUAGAUGAAAAGCUGAAAUUAUGACAAAAACUUAGAAAAUAUAAUUAUCAUAAUUAUGAAAUAAGUCUAACUUAUGAGACACCAAGUCAUAAUUAUGAAAUAAAAAGCAAAAAAGUAGAUACUACGUCAUAAUUAUGAGAUAAAAUGCUGAAAUUUGAAUAAAACAAACAAUUAUGGCAAAAGUACAAAAAUAUGAGUCAUAAUUAUGAAAUAAGUCUAACUUAUGAGAUACUAAGUCAUAAUUAUAAGAUAAAAAGUUGAAAUUAUAACAAAUAAGUCAUAAAUUAAAAUACAAAUAUAAGAUACUAAUGCAUAAUUAUGAAAUAAAAAGUCUAAAUUAUGAGAUACUGAGUCAUAAUUAUGAGAUAAAAACAAAAUUCUGACAUAAAAUAUCAAAAAAGGAUAAAAUUGUCAUAAUUGUGAAUUAAAAUGUCAAAAUUGUGAGAUCAUAAGUGAUAAUUAUGAGAUACGAAGUCAUAAUUAUGAAAUAAAGUCUAAAUUAUAAGAUACUAAGUCAUAAUCAUGAGAUGAAAACAAAAUUAUAACAAAGUCAAAAGUAUAUACUAAGUCAUAAUUGUGAAUUAAAAUGUCAAAAUUGUGAGAUAAGUAAUAAUUAUGAGAUACUAAGUCAUAAUUAUGAAAUAAAAACAAAAUUAUGACUUAAAAAAGUAAAAAAAAGGAUAUACUAAGUCAUAAUUGUGUAUUAAAAAGGCAAAAUUGUGAGAUAAGUGAUAACUAUGAGAUACUAAAUCAUAAUUAUGAAAUUAAAAGUCUAAAUUAUGAGAUACCAAGUCAUAAUUCUGAAAUAAAUCAAAAUUAUGACUUAAAAAAGGUAAAAAAAGAAAGAAAAGGGAUAUACUAAGUCAUAAUUGUGAAUUAAAAUGUCAAAAUUGUGAGAUAAUAAGUGAGAAUUAUGAGCCAAGUCUAAAUUACGAGAUACUACAUCAUAAUUAUGAAAUUAAAGGUCUAAAUUAUGAAAUACUGAAUCAUAAUUAUGACAAAAGUAAAGAAUUUGAUCAUAAUUACAAAAUAAAAGUCAUAAUUAUGAGAUAAAAAAUAAGACAUGAAGUCAAAAAGUAUAUACUAAGUCAUAAUUAUAAUUUAAAAAGCCAAAAUUGUGAGAUAAGUCAUAAUUGAGACAAAAGUGUGAUAAGUCUAAUGUGAGAUAAGUCUAAAUUAUGAGAUGCUAAAUUAUAAUUCUGAAAUUAAAACUCUAAAUUAUAUAUAUUCUAUAAAUUAUAUAUAAGAUAAUUAUGAUUCAAUAUGACAAAAUUGAGAUAAGUCAUAAUUUUUAAAUAAAACAGUCUAACUUUUAAAUACAAAUCAUAAUUAUGAGAAAAACAAAAUCAGCAUGAAAAAGUUUAUACUAAGUCAUAAUUCUGAAUUAGAAACUCAAAAAAGCCUAAAUUAUGAGAUACUAAAUCACAAUUACUAACAAUGAACUAAAAUUAGCAAAGAUUAAAAAUACUGUAGCAAAUGUAUUCCUCAUUGCUAGUUAAUGUUAGCUAAUGCAUUCAUUAAUUUUAACAAAUGGGACCUUAUUAUAAAGCGUUACUAAAAUGUUUAUAGUGAAUAUUCAUGUCAUAUUCAUUGUCAUUCUUACUUAUAUUCAAUAUUUUAUUGGCUAGAAGUCGUGCUUUGUAAGUGCGAGCACAAUAAAUAAUUGUAAAAGCUUAAAAUAUUUCACCUGAACAAGUCAUGAAAUUUCACUGGUGCAAAAGCUGUAAAAUAUGCCUCAAUUUGAUGAAUGUGCAUAAUACUACAGCUCUUUAUUGUUGCAAAUGCAUGUGUAAUUAGAUGAUCUGAAUUCUCGUUACCACUGCAAUUAUGGUCAUUAAGCUCUUUAUAAGAUGCAUAACUCAUCAUCAUAACAAGCUCAAUUACGUCUGCUUUUAUUUUUAAUCUUGCAUAAAGUGUACAUUAUAAAUUUUGAAUUACGUUUA